AUGGGAUCUACAAUAGACAUCACUUCUGCCUUCAUAGCGGGCGCCCCUCCAGGCGAGCUACAGGACGUGGUCAAGGACAUCAAGGCUCUCACCUCAGACAACGACCCAACACUCAUUGCGAAGUUAAAGCCUGCGUUCCAAAAAUACAACGAAGACCAGCUCAUUCCGGUCAAGCUACCUGGUGCAAGUGACUAUGUGCUCAUUACAGCUUACAAUCGUGUCCCUUCCUCGACGAACAAAUACUAUGACACACAAUCCUCGACCUCCUUCGAGUUUGAUCAUAGUACAUCUAAGGCCUUUGGCUCGCAAUCCUACACACAUGAGACCACGCACUCAGACCUGAUUCAGUCCAUCUUAAAAUCCCUCUCUACACACUUCGCCGAACAUUACCCAUCGCAACAGCAGACGGCCUCUGCAUCUUCAUCCUCAGGCUACACAGUUGCGGCCACACCAGAAGACGAUAAAGUCGCUAUCCUCCUGUCCACAACCCGCUCUUCGCCAAAGAAUUUCCUCUCCGGUCGAUGGCGGAGUACGUUCCUCUUCAACCCUGCUAAUGGCACGCUCUCGGGCACUCUAAAGGUGGAUGUGCAUUACUACGAGGAUGGAAAUGUCGCCCUCUCGACCACGAAGAACAUUCCAGAUGUGUCGGUAGACGGUGGCGGUGAUGGCGCGAGUAUAGUGCGCAAGGUUGCCGCGAUUGAAAAGCAAUAUCAGGAAGAAGUCAACCGGGCAUUUGUUGGUAUGAACGAAUCGAGUUUCAAAGCUCUGAGACGGCAAUUACCUGUGACGAGGCAGAAGAUCGAAUGGGAACGAGUCAGAGGCUAUGGAUUGGGCAGCGAUCUUCGGGGCGAAGCGAAGAGAUGA